GUCGCCAUCAGACAGCGGCCCUUCCCACCCAUUCUCACGUGUGAUUCUGCCAGAGCGAAGAAAAUUCCAAAGACAGUUUCUCUCUGCAUUUGAAAGUCUCUUUAGGUUGCCAGAAAAACAAAAUAUAUACAUAUUUCAAAUCGUCGCUUUAUGGAUCCAGGAAAGAGGUUUGAGCAAGGAAAAGAAGCAGAAAGCUAUUGCUGACGUUUGUUUGAGCCCUCGGAGGCUCAUUUGGAAAUGAACAAAUUAAGUGUCAUCUCCAAACAGACUAGAAGACUUUGUCUUUGACAAUUCGUUCUACAAACAGGGAUCAUUCGUCUUUUUUUUCCUCUUUUUUUUUUUAACUUCCGGAUCACUCAAUUUCACGUUUUUUUCUGGCGUCAUGACUUCUAGUUAUGCACAUGUAAUGGACAGGCAAGCCACGAUAUCAAACCGCCUGGAAAGCCCCAUCACGUCUAACCUGGACAAUUUGCAAGCAAAAAAGAACUUCUCGGUUAGCCACCUGUUGGAUCUGGAAGAAGCCGGGGAAAUGGUUGGCAACCACGCAGACGAAAACGUCGGGGAAGCAGGAAGAAGUAUGCUGGAAUCCCCGGGACUGACCAGUGGAAGCGACACAAACCAACCGGACAAUGAGCAGAUGAACACGGAGGAAAAGAAGAAAAGGAAGCAGCGCAGAAACAGAACCACUUUUAACAGCAGCCAGCUCCAGGCUCUUGAGAGAGUGUUUGAAAGAACCCACUACCCUGAUGCUUUCGUCCGAGAAGACUUGGCACGCCGGGUCAACCUUACAGAGGCCAGAGUGCAGGUUUGGUUUCAAAAUCGGCGAGCGAAGUUCCGUCGGAAUGAACGAGCCAUGUUGGCCAGCAAGAAUGCUUCACUUUUGAAAUCCUACUCGGGAGAGGUUACAGCAGUGGAGCAGCCAAUUGUACCACGCCCUGCACCACGCCCAAAUGAUUAUCUUUCCUGGGGUAACACUGCCCCAUACAGUGCCAUGGCCACCUAUCCACCGACUUGCUCCAACACGAAUACUUCCCAGGGAAUGAACAUGGCUAACAGUAUUGCCAACCUGCGGCUCAAAGCAAAGGAAUACAGCUUGAACCAGGUGCCCACAGUCAACUGAAGUACAUUCGGGGAUGCCAAAACCACUGGACCCCGACAAUAAAAUAUCAUCAGUGAAAUGUGCUUCAUCUGCCACGGUCUUGAGAUUUUUGCUUUUUUGUUUUGAUACCAAGUGAUACCAUUUUGCCAUGAUUCGCAAAAUGUAGGACAUCAAGUCAAAACAAAACACCCCCACAGAAAAAAAAAACAAAAAACAUUUGUUUGUCUUUACAAACCAUUGUUUGUUCCAUCUAGACUGAAUGUUGUAAUCAAAUAUUUGUGUUAGUGUUGUUCCCUAUUACUUUUGUUCUGUUAUCAGAAACACAAGAGGAAUGAGACUCAAACAAUGUGUGGAGUACCCUUUGUCUACUUAAUAGCAAUUAUGCAUCAACCACCUCCCGUUUCCAUAUACUUCUGGAAAACAUUGAAUAUCAAGCAAAAGUGGUUCUAUUUUGGCAAUUUAACAUAUAAGAUGAAAACAUCACAUUUUAUUGAGCCAUUACAUUCAAAUUGACAUAUCCCAAGCAGUUCCUUGUUAUAACUUUGCUGAUUAAGAUUUUCAUCUUAAUAAAACCACAAACUCAGAAAAUCUGAAUACUGUGAAAAGCUUCAGUUUUUUAGCUUCAGAGAGAUCCAAAUUCUAAUCAUGCAAGUCAUUCAAAACAACUGCAAAAGGGUCCUGAGCCCUUAAGAGGUCAGUCUUAGGAUGGCUUACAAGAGUUCAGACAUGGGGAAGGGAAGGCCAUUUUCAGGAUAUUCUCAUUUUCUGAGUAGUACAUCCACCAAGACUUCAUCAUAAACAUGGAUUUGGGAUUCAUGGUUUUGAAUAGAUUUUGACGUUAUCAUUUUGCUUCUAUGUUUUCCAUAUUAUACCAAUGACAUCCAAAUGUUUUGAAGUCAUUUUUCUUUUCAUGUUAGUAUUCAAGAUACAAUAGAGCUUAUUGUAUUUCCCAGUUGAUCCUUUUGUUUUUUUCUGUGAUAUCCUUCAUUUGUAACAGGAAAAAAACAUGUAUAUUAAUUAAUAAAAUGCAUU